GUUUUUGUGGCAGUGAUUUAGUCAUUUAUAAUUCACAAAAUCUAUGUUGGAACCGUUUAAAUUCAUAUGAAAAACGAAUUAGAGAUGGAACUACAUAUGAUUCUAGAGGCAUCUCAUAUUUUUCAGUGGAAGAAUACGAAAUAUUUCAGUUUA